AUGCUUAUUGUGAUCGCAGUAAUAGUCCGUGCGGGCUCUAUCAAGACUGUAAAGGACUGGUUUGCGUGCAAUAUCGAGUUGGAUGUUACAAUCUCGGACUUCUAUGCGAACUUCUCAGACGGCAAGUAUGAUGGAGAAAUUGAAUGCACUGUCAUGCAAAGAAGCAAAGUUGAUGGAACAAUAACAUCAAGAUUUGUUCCUGGACAGUUUCAAAAGAUUGUUGCCAGCAUGUGGAAACCCCAGUCACCAAACAAAAUUGGAAGAUCCAUCUACAACUCAGAUUUAAAACAAUCCAUACAAACUUCUGUUUUGAAGCAAGUACAAAAAGAAUUAACAGCUAUCUGUUCCAAAAAUUCAAAUUCCAUUCUGCGUCAAAUAGAUAGCAAACAUUUAACAACAUUUAGUAUGGAUAUUUUGAAUCAAGAAAUACAAACCACAGCUCCAUUUAUACACCGAUUUAUGUCCACAUUGGUUAAAGCAUCACCAGUGGGAAUACUGGUUGCUACUGCCGUAGCUCUCCGAUUUCGAAACACACAGUCUGCUUUUCAUCACAUUAUUGCACAAGUUUUAGAUCAUGGUGGAGCCACUGAUGAGACUAUCAAUAUUCUAAAUAAGCUUGGAUUGUGUGUAUCUACAUCUGCAACUGCAGUAAGAAAGAAGGCAUUACAGCAGAAACAGAUGGAACAUGUCAGUUCAUUGAUGUCAGAAGAAAAGAAACACUGUGAGAGUUUUCGAUGUACUUCCAUACAUACACUUCAAUCUGCAGACAUUAUUGGGGACAAUAUUGAUAUCAGUAGAACUCCAUCUCAGAUGAGUGUUGAUCGAAGAAACAAAAGUUUUCACUGGUUUCUGCUUGUUGGUUUGGAAAAAAGAGUUUUGAAUACCUCUUUGGAUGACAGUGCUCCUAUAGCCGACAUAUGUCAUAUUGAUAACAGUUCAUUUGUGCCAAAUUUGAAAGAUUGUGAUUCACUUGAUAAAAAUUUCAUUUUUCACAUCAUGCAUAUACUUGUUAAGUAUGUCGAUUGCUUAAAAAAAUAUGCUGUAUGUCUGCCAACAGUCAUACCACAUCCUCACUUAAGUGAAACUUCCAAAAAGUCCGAUUUUGCCAUUUUAGAUUUGCUUGAUAAAAGUGAAAACAAAUCGGAAGAUAUGAUAAGUAUCUUAGAACACAUUCAUGAGAAAUACAUUCCUCGAACAGGUGGUGAAAACCCUACUGUAAUUAAGAAAAAGGUAUUUGGAGGAGAUGUUUUAACUAAUGAAAGGGCUUACUCAGCUCAAUUAGCAAUGUUGAAUGGAUAAACAGACUUUGAAAGGCUGACUGGUGUUGUUCAUCGACCUGAAGGCCUUCACAGAAUGAUGAAUCUUCUUCUGUUCAUCUAUCAGAAAUUUUACAAGCAAAAUUCUGCUUUGGACAAAGGAACCCUGUUCUACUUAAGGAAUGUUGUUGGAAGGACCAAUGUCAGGGGAGCCAAUGAAGUUAUAGCAAACUACAGAGCACAUUAUUCCUUUGUGAGUGACUGUUUAGAUGCUUACGUGGUAGCAGCCUGUAUGCAUUUGUUAGAGUUGUCAGAGAUAGGAGCUGUGGCACGAAGACGACAACCACUGUUUGAAAUACUUUCAAAUGAACACCGUUACCAGUUUAUAAAGUCUAUUGCUGAAGACAUAUUGGAAAGAUAUGUAAAAAUUACUGAUGGUAAAAUUUCUUUUUCAACCUUGCUAUUGUUUAUGAAUAACUUUAAACAUAUAUAUAUGUUAUAUGUUUGUGGUAUGCAAGUGUGUGAGUAUAAGUGUAUUGCUCGGUAUUAGGUGGGAGCUUAUCUGGCAGUAAUCCCCUCCCCCUUCCGGAAAAUUGCAUGUUAUAAAUAUGUGUAUCUUUUAAUUUUGGCUUUAGUUGUGUGGGGUGUUUUUUUUGUUCUUUUUUCCUUUUUAUUUUAUUCAUUUUUUUAAUUCUUAUUAUUAUUAUUAUUAUUUUUUUUUUUUUUUGUAAAUAAAUUUGAUAUGUUUACCAUAUUUUGAUCAUUAUUUUUUUUUUUUAAUAAAAAAAAAACAAUUAUGUAAUUUAACAGGGCAGGUGUCUGGUCUGUGCCUUUGGUAGUGGCUUGGUUAAUAUUACCUCGUCUACUGCCCUAGGUAUUAUAGAUUAAAGUGUUCGCCGCGUCUUCUAAAUGACCUAAUCGUGUUGUUUUAGAGGACAACUGAGGAGUCGCCUGUUUUUCCAUGGAUCGGCCGGGUCACCUCUCUCCUUCUGGCAGGCUUGAUACUUAAAAGGAAAUAUUAAAUUAACCAUCACUGGAUUUUUUGCGCCACUCCCCUAGUGGCACCAGCGAUUAAACUCUUACAACCCUUUGGCGUCACUUUUCAAGUGACGCCGGUUUGGGAAGUUAUAAUAACUUCCUAAACAACUAGUAGGCUGUCAGGAUUGGACUGA